CACAGCCGGAUCUAGUGUAAAUGAGUAGCUUCAAUCUACCACAGGCCAAUGGAGGGGUUAGAAACAUGUACGGGACGUGAAAGGUUACUUAGCAACAGCCCAUCAAGAGGAGGUUGCGGCGAAAGUGACCUACUGACCUAGAUAAGGCCACUUGAACAUGCAAGCAUAGAAAACAAUGCGCAGAAACUGGCCCGACAAAACCUAGUCAAAAAAAAAAUAUCUAGUCCAAAUCUCUUGAACGCCGAAUAAGGUCAGGAUAAAAAACAAGAUGAGCAGACGUCAAAAUAGUCCACUUCCGUCCAAUCUUGUCAACACCCGCCCUUCUGGUUCUGGUACCGACCUGUCCUUAGCUCUGGAUCUGUAUCAGCUCAACAUCAGCUAUCAAAUCAAAGACCAGAACAUACUACGCCGCUUGAGAAGCGAGAGUGGAUCCACGCAGCCGAGAGUAGAAACCGGCCAUAGAAAUAACAGACCCAGGUCUUUUGCUGGCGAACACAUCCGAGAUUCACGCGGGACUCCGUCGCCUGGCCCACUAAGAUGUCAAGGCUGUUACGUCACACCCAGCGCGUCCCAAACCUUACACGGAUUGCACGCCAAUGGAACCGCAUCACAAGACAGAUCACCGGAAUUUCCCGUUUCGCCCAGCACGCCAACCGAUACGUCACAGGGCUUUUACGUCUCGCCCAACACACCGACCGACAGCUCACAGGGAAUUCCCGAUACGUGUGAUGCGGUUUUCGGGAAUUCCAGAGAGUUUUACUUCACGCCCAGUGUGUCUGGCUAUGAACUGUCCAUGUCCGAAACAACGCUAACUCCUUCAUCACAAGGGCAUUUUUCACACACCACUCUUACAACUGCAAGUCAUGCAGAGCAACGAAAUGCUUACACCGCUCUUACUUCGACAAGUCCUGCACUUACAGAUUCAACGAUACCAAGAUUUGAUUACAUUCUGACUUCUCUUGAAAACGGUGUUGAACAACAGGUAACGGACCCUGCCUGCUCCGUCCAACGAAGUGUUCCUUACACAACGCUUACACACGAUCUUUGUGAGGAUCAGCGAGUUCCUUACACAGUCAGACUUGACGCAAGUCGCGGUGAACACCGUGUUCCUUACACACCGCUGGAUUCACGGAGCUACAAUCAACAACGUUCUGCUCACACUGUAAAUAAUCCAUCCCAUCCAGUAGGGCUACCUGCCACACCCACUUCUUGCAACACACACAACUACAGCCACAACUACACACCCCAUCACACAUCCAACCACACACACAACCACAUACCCAGUUACACACCCCAUCACACACGUGAACACACAGCCUACCACACCCACUAUUACACACCCAACAGCACUCUAGAUCACCCACACAACCACACACCACACCACUUACCCAACUAUACAUCUGACCAUACCCAAAACUACACACCCCACCACAAACCACACCACUCACCCAACUAUACAUCUGACCAAACCCACAACUACUCACCUCAAUACACACCAAACCACUCACCCAACUACACAUCUGAGCACACCCAAAACUACACACCCCAUCACAUACCCAACCAGACCCACAACUACAUGCCCCUUCACACACCCAACAAUUCACACAACUUCUCACCCCACCACACACCCAACAACACACACAACUAUACACAAAACCACUACACCCCCAACAACACACCCCAGCACACGCCCAUCUACACAUACAAUAAGCCCUACACAACUGGUGUGUCGAGCGGCCACAACACACCUGACUACACACACAGUGUGUAUACUGUGCAGCACGUGCCGACCCGACCAAACUUUGAAUCAAGUACGUGUAGCCAUCACAGUCUAGCGCUACAUCACAGAGCGUCACAUCCGGUGCCACACGGCAGUGAUGGAAAUUUUCUCCACAGAGGUGGAGGCGACAGACCUUUGGGAUAUCUACGUGCUGAUACACAUGCAUCCAGCAAACUGACAGCAACACCAGACCAACUGGCACGGGGACAGCACCCUCAAACCAACUCCCCCGAUCCCCUAAGACAACACCCCCGGACAUACUAAGACAACUCCCACGGACAUACUAACACUAAGACAACACCCCGGACAUACUAACACUAAGACAACACCCCGGACAUACUAACACUAAGACAACACCCCGGACAUACUAACACUAAGACAACACCCCAACAUACUAACACUAAGACAACACCCCCGGACAUACUAACAUAAAAACAUCUGGACCUACUGCCUUUACAGCAAAACCCCAGACCUACCCCAAAUCCAACUACCACUAAAACAUCACUAAACCAAUUGGCUUUAACUCAACACCCCCAGACCGAUUGACACUGAGAUACAACAUCUCGGACCUACUAACACUGAGAUACAACAUCUCGGACCUACUAACACUAAGACAACACCCCUAGACCACUAACGGUAAGACAACACCCCUAGACCACUAACACUAAGACAACACCCCUAGACCACUAACACUUAGAAAACACCCCUAGACCACUAACACUAAGACAACACCCUUAGACCACUAACACUAAGACAACACCCCUAGACCACUAACACUAAGACAACACCCCUAGACCACUAACACUAAGACAACACCCCUAGACCACUAACUCUAAGACAACACCCCUAGACCACUAACACUAAGAAAACACCCUAGACCACUAACUCUAAGACAACUUCUCCAGAUCAACUGGCACCAAUAAAUCGCAAUAUAUCGCCCCCCCCCCACCCCACACCUUCCAACUGGAAGACAGGUUUCUUACGACGCUUCUUCUAAGACUAUAUAAUUCUACUAAUAAAAAUGUG